CGAACCGUCAUGUUACGCCGUUCUUCUUCGUGUGUCGGUACUGUUGUUCUCAUUGGCAAGGAAAAGAAUCAGCGCCAUAAAGCGGUCAGCGGCCAGACCUGGAACUACCCGCGACAAGAAAGAUGGCGGACUCGGAGCACAAGCAGAGACGCACCUUCGACAGAGGGCCGGAGGAGGAGGAAGGCAGAGUGAAAACUAAGCCUGUGUCUUGUAGCAUUGGUGGAGGAAGAUCAACCACAGCCACAGCCAAGCGCUCGUCCCUCCAUCUCCAUGAUAGAGAUGAGGAUGAGUCCUCAUCGAAGCCAUCAGCGCCCGCCAAAGUCUCCAAAAUAGGCUUUGGCAUGAGCAGUCAGAUCAAGUCCAACCCAAUAUCAAUUAAACUUGGGGCAACAAAGCCAAAAGAGACUACUCCAGCAGUCCAGCCCAAAAAACCUGGAUUGGCAUCGGUGUUCAAUGAAGAUAGUGAUGAUAGUGAGCCGGAGGAGAUGCCACCAGAGGCAAAGAUGAGGAUGAAAAAUAUUGGCAGGGAAACGCCAACAUCAGCAGGGCCUAACUCCUUCAACAAGGGAAAACAAGGUUUUUCUGACAAUCAAAAACUAUGGGAGAGAAAGCUCAAGGCUCAAUCGGACAAUCUGAAAUAACAUAUAUUGUAGUUCCUCUUUUUAAAUUGACAUUAUUAGUUAUUCCCUUUCCCUACAUUGAACCAAGUUACCGAUAUUUAUGGUCGACAGUAGACGACAUAAACAUGUCAUGCAAGACUUGGAUAGUUUGACCAUCUUUGCUAUUAUGAUGGUUUUAAAGCAACAAUGCAAUAUUUUGCUUAACAAAACAACCUUGCCAUUGGUGACCUGUGUGAUAAUAGUUUCCAGAAGAACUCAUUGAUUUACUCGGACACUGUUUUUAAAUGUAAAACUUGUUUAAAGAAAGUCAUACUACAUGAUGUCAUACUAAUUCAAUUCGUUUAAAGCCUCCUUCAGUAAAGUGUGACUGCAAGUCUUUCCUAUCGACAUCAUCUGCCCCUGCUGUGUAGUUUAUAGGGCUUCACUCUGUGUGUGUGUGUGUGUCUGCGCGCGUGUGUGUGUGUGUAUGUAUAUCCAAAAUAUUUGUAGAAAUGUACAUAAUUGUGUGCCAUUUUAUUUUGAAUUGUGUUUAUGAUUGUUUCAGGAAGGGUCCUCCUUUAAUUCCAGACAUCAGACUUACCGGUCUCACUUGCUUCCUCAAUGUGCCGUAACAGUUUUCAUAACGUUAUUUCAGCAGAAUCUUGUCAUACAUGACGAUAAAUCAAACGUAUACAAAUCAAAUGUUUACGUAAUGUGCAGUUCUAAAACUUGUCGUAAAUUCAUCGGACUUGGUGGUUGAGGUCAAAGAAAACAUUGAUCAGAUGACUAGCAAACAUGCUUAAGUUGAAGCUUGCCUGCUAUGUAGCCAUUUUGGGAAUGGGAAUAAGUAUGUCCUCCAAUAUUACGAUGGUUUUGGUUUAACCACAUUUAAAAUGGUUAAAUAAAGAUGCUGGCUGAUGUGUUUUCUUUUCCACUAUUUUUUUUUACGUGAAGAUGCUGUUGGAGAUACACAAAUGAGUAGGAACAAGAGAAGGAAAACAUGAAGUAGGAUUCAGAGAGAAUUUUCUUAGAGGUGGACGUGGGGGGUAAAAACAGUUAUUUAAGGGGGGCAAAAAUUAAGGGGGAAAAAGCUCAGUUUCAAAUCCCACUUAAAUUCUUACAAUGUGAAAGAAAGCCUAUAAUACCACAAAUACAAAUUUGCAAGUGCACAGCGACUAUGUGCCCUGCAGGGGGGCAGGUGGAGAAGUUGGUCUUCCCAGAGCCUCUCUGUUCUGCUGCUGAACAGAAAACAAAGAUAUGUGGGCUCCACCACAUUGAAGGAUCUCAUCUCUCUCCUGGGCAAGGUGUUCCUGAGCUAAAACCCUUCUCCACCUCGGCUGAGGAUGAAAUAUCCCUGAGUAUCAUGCACCAAACUGGUGAUAAAGCUCAUCUAAAAGCUAAAAUCCUGGCGCUGUUAAAGGAUAAAACUAUCAAUUACAUUAAAGGCGAGUUAACUCAUGAUUAAUGAUAAGUUCAUCACACAUUUUUUGUCUCAAAGCACAUUUUACACAGGACAGGCCAAUGAUGUUUUCAAUGUUUCCGCCUGUUUUUGAGCCUCUCCAGUUAUUGUAAAGGAUGUUCUUGACAGUAUCUGUUUUGUUUGCAUCAGGAAAGCAUUAUUGGUGUCUCUGGUGUUGAUCAUUUGAAAUUGUUUAGAAUGAACUUGGCUUUAGUGUGAUUAAUUGAGAUUGAAGCCCAAUAAAAUCCAUUCUUUAACCACUGAU